AUGAACAACCAACUCUUUUAAGUUAAAAUUUUGUAUAUGAUGGAUUCAAUACCCCAAAAGUAUGAAUCAUAUACUAUUCAGAUUCAAUGCUUGUAUCAUAAAGGAAAUAUCUUAACCAAUUUUUGUUCAUGCAUUUAAUGUUUAUUACCAUUAUGUCCAUAAUGUGUAAAUGUUUGGAGAAUGUCUUAAAUACUGUUUAUAAAGAUAUUGUUUAAGAAAGUAUAUUUAUCAUUUUUAUUUUUUUAGCUAAUUUCUUUGCUAAAAGUUAUUUUGA